AUGGGAGAAGUUAACACGCUACUGGGCGCUAGUCUAUUAUUAGAACCCUCGGGUUCAUCACGCAAUCAUUUUUCACUCUUCAUACACACUCUUUCUCACGCACGUGGCUGCCAUAAGUUUGAGCUUCCCAUCUCUUGCGUUCUCCUAUCAUACGCCGUAUCUCCUGUAUAUUUAUUCUCUCACUUGUUGAACUUUUUCCAAAUGUCCGAUGACUUUGCUCUACCAAGUGUACUGUCCUUUGAUAGUCCACCACAAAUGGAUGAUGCCAUAACAACGGACGCAGAUCUUGCGCUCGACCCGUCCACGUCAAACAUACCGCUGAUUGAGCCAAUUCCAGUCGUAUUUGAGCGACACAAUCAAAUGACGACUCAAGUGGCAUCCAACACUUUUCAAUUGGGCAGUUCAAUCGUUCCAGCUGCUAAGACAAUACACCAACCGCAACAUCGAUCGAAGGAUGCUAUUCGACGCAGUGAGUAUCGCAAGCGACAGAAGGAGGAAAAAGAAUCUUUACGCAACGAGAUUGACAAGUUAUCAACCAAACUUGUCAAGUUACAGGAUUCAACAAAGGCUAACAGUUCAUUACUAUUCACUGAUGCCGCACUUUCGAGCUGUUUGUGGAAAGCCAUUGCAACUCGACAGGAGCAACGUCGACGUGCUGCUGAGAAGGAACAGGUACAUCUACGUGCUGCCAUCCUUUCAAGAGCUGGUUUGAUUGAAGAUCUUUGCGGGUUCUUGAAGAAACGCUUAUACGACGGAACGAUGGAAAAUGAUGAAUUUGGAGACUUGUCACGACAUAAAAAGCGGAUGCGUUUAAAGGUGACAGAUUCGACACUAUUUGAAACGUUUAUUACAGAACUUUACACCAUCUACUUGCGGACUGAUGACGUUUUCACCGCUUGCGAUUUGUCCUUGGCGGCACCGUCUUUGCCAGUCGCUAAAGCCAACAAAGACGAAUGCGGAUUCUCUCAGCGGGUAUCGAGACAAAUACUACCAUUCAACUUUCAGCAGACGUGCUGUUUGCUAUGGCACAUAGCGAAGCUUAAGCACCAAGAACAGGAUCGAGUAAGUUAUGAGGACGUAAACGACCCUGACAAUAUCAUAGCGACAAAGAUUCGGAUCUCAAGUCCUCGAAUGGGUGAAAAAGGUGAAGGGUUGUUUCGGGGUAUGCAUUCGGAUUCGACUGGAUGGUGUAUUAUUCGACCAACCACGAAUCGUUCCACAACUGGAACAGUGGUGGAGACAUGCCUACGUUAUGUCCCUAUGCAUUUAAGCAACUCGUCAACGCGUGCACCCGUCGUCAAUGAAUUUACGGAGUUGGUCGUCGAACAAGCAGACGAGGAGAAUGUAAGUAUUUUUAAAACUCUAGAGAUGUUAUUACUGGACGAUGCGCCAGCAACUGGAACCGCCAAUACGCUAGCAACUGGAACCGACAAUGCGCUAGCGACUGAAACUGACGCUGCGCUAGCAUCUACAACGGGCUAG